AUGUCCAGCGCCCUCGCCGAACGCAGCGGCGCCAUCGACGCCCGCACCGGCUACCGCGCAACCACCAGGUCCUUCGUCAGCCUCCGCCCGCCGCUGCCGCUGCCGCCGGCGGACGCCCCGCUCACAUUCCCGGCCUUCGCGCUGUCGCUGCUGCCGUCCCCUCUCCCCGCGCACCCCGCGCUCCUCGACGCCGCCACCGGCGAGGCCGUCUCCUACCCGGCGUUCCUGUCCCAGGUGCGCGCGCUCGUGGGCGCCCUGCGAUCGCGCGCGGUCCCGCUCGGCCGCGGCGACGUGGCCUUCGUCCUCGCCCCCGCGCGCCUCGACGUGCCCGUGCUCUACUUCGCGCUCCUCGCCGUCGGCGUCGUCGUGUCCCCGGCCAACCCGGCCCUCACCGCCGGCGAGGUCGCGCGCCUCGUCGCCCUGUCCGGCGCGUCCGUCGCCUUCGCCGUCUCCUCCACCGCCGCCAAGCUCCCCGCCGGCCUCCCCACCAUCCUCCUCGACUCCCCGCACUUCCGCUCCCUCCUGCACAGCGACCAAGGGGAGAACGACCCGGCGCCGCUUGACACCGGAGCAGUGUGCCAGUCGGCGACGGCGACGAUCCAGUACUCCUCCGGCACGACAGGGCGGGUGAAGGCGGCGGCGCUGCCGCACCGGAGCUUCAUCGCGCAGGCGGCGGGGUUCCAUGCCCGGCACGUGAGGCCGCGGAAGGUCAACGAGAGGACUCUGAUGGGCGCUCCCAUGUUCCACUCCAUGGGUUUCUUCUUCGCGCUGAACGGGCUGGCGCAGGGGCUUACCACCGUCGUGAUGACGGACGCGGCCACCCGGGCGGGGUUAAGGGGGAUGCUGGAGGCGGCGCAGCGGUGGGAGGUCACGGAGAUGACGGUGGCGCCUCCCGUGGUGCUGGGGAUGACGAAGGACCGAUGCCGGCUGACGAGUCUGGUGCGGGUGGUCUGCGGCGGCGCCCCUCUGCCGACGUCGGUGGCGGAGCAGUUCCGCCGGCGCUUCCCUCACGUGGAUCUGUGCAUGGGUUAUGGCUCGACGGAGGCCGGAGGCAUAUCCUUGAUGAUCGACCGGGACGAGUGCUCCCGCGUAGGCUCUGCCGGCCGUAUCUCCCACAACGUCGAGGUGAAGAUCGUCGACAUCGUCACCGGCGAGCCCUUGCCGGUCGGGCGGAAAGGGGAGCUGUGCGUGAGAGGUCCUUCCAUCAUGACAGGUUACGUCGGCGACGACGGGGCGAACACGGCCGCGUUCGAUUCGGAAGGCUGGCUCAAGACCGGCGACCUUUGCUACAUUGAUGAGGAUGGGUUUCUGUUCGUGGUUGAUAGGCUCAAGGAGCUCAUCAAGUACAAGGCCUAUCAGGUCGCGCCUGCAGAGCUGGAGCUUGUCCUGCAAUCGUUGCCGGAAAUUAUGGAUGCUGCAGUUAUGCCGUAUCCUCACGAAGAGGCGGGAGAGAUACCCAUGGCGCUCGUGGUGAGGCAGCCCGGGAGCAAGGUCACGGAGGCGCAGGUCAUGGAGCACGUGGCGAAGCAGGUGGCGCCGUACAAGAAGGUCCGCAAGGUGGUGUUCGUCGACUCCAUCCCCAAAUCGCCGGCCGGGAAGAUCUUGAGGAGGCAGUUGUCAGACCAUAUGCAGCCUUGCCAUGUGUCCAGACUGUGA